CUUCAUUGAGCCAGGAAGUCGCGGUCGGGAGAGGUGCCGGGAGAUGGCAGCGGCGGCGCGUGCGCAGUAACGACGCUGCGGGGAGACGGGACAUGUCGAGCCCCGGCGCUGCCCUACGGGCUGCUGAAGUAGCUGGCUACCUAGCGAGGACAGUGGACUUCUGAAAGCGCAGACGUCAGCCAAGCAGCAUGUCCACAGCCGGCAUUGCAGCUCCGGAGAUGAGAGUCCCCUUGAAGAGCAGCUUCCUCCACAAGGGGCAAGGCAUUGGGAGCCUCAAGCCCUGUUGGGGAGGCCAUUUUGAAAACCCUUUCUUUAACAUGGAGCCCGUAGCAAUGGCCUACAAUCUGAACUCGUCCGCACAGCAUCACUUAACGUCCAUCGGCCACAUUUCAGACCCUAAUCCAGCACAGAACGGCGGCAGUGACAAGCCCAGCCCCAACGGCGAGAGGCCAGAGGAUCGCGGCCUAGUCCCCGCCUUCGGCAGACUCUCCCUUGCCGCGUCCAACGAGGUGGCUCCCCCCACCCCCACCAAGGGUGGGCCGUCGUUCUCCUUCCCCCUGGCACCUCCAGGUGCCGAGCGAAGCACCCGCCCACUGCCCCCGCUGCCCAUCCCGGAGGAUUUCGUGCACGAUGAUGUGGACCGGGAGGUGGAGUUCCUCACCAGCUCCGACACGGACUUUUUGCUGGAGGAGUGCAGCGGCCCUGCCUUCAAGCCCGCCACCUAUGGCAGGCGGAGCUUCCGGGGCUGUGGGCAAAUAAACUACGCUUACUUCGACGCCCCGGCGGGAUCGAAGGCGGAAGAGCCUCCCUCCGCUAAGCCGAGCGGGUGUCCGGCCGGGGUCUGUGCUGCUGUUGCUGCUGCUGCUGUUCCUCCUCCUCCUCCGGCUCCCACGGCGCAUCAGCUCCACCGCCGGUUGCGGCGCUCGCAUUCCGGGCCAGCCGGGUCCUUCCACAAACCGGUGGUGAGGGUCUCCAGCCACUUCCGCCGGGCGUCUCCCAGCUCAGACGACGACAAGCCUGAGGUCCCGCCCAGGGUGCCCAUCCCGCCCAGGGUGCUGAAGCCCGACUACCGGAGGUGGUCCGCCGAAGUGGCUUCGGGCGCCUACAGCGACGAGGACAAACCACCCAAGGUCCCCCCGAGGGAGCCUCUGUCCUGCAGCAACUCCCGCACGCCCAGCCCCAAGAGCUUGCCCUCGUACCUCAACGGCAUCAUGCCGCCCACCCAGAGCUUUGCCCCGGACCCCAAGUACGUCAGCAGCAAAGCUCUGCAGCGGCAGCACAGCGAGGGCUCGGGCAGCCGGGUGCCCUGCAUCCUGCCCAUCAUCGAGAACGGCAAGAAGGUCAGCUCCACCCACUACUACCUGCUGCCCGAAAGGCCCCCCUACCUGGACAGGUACGAGAAGUUCUUCCGGGAAGCAGAAGAGGGCAGCAGCCUCAGCGCGGAAGGGCAGCUCCCGCCGUCCCUGUGGCCAGAGGCUCCGGAAGGGGAGGCAGCCAGCCUGGCCGGGAUGCUGAACGUUCCGGUCAAGCGCAAGCACUUGCCCUGCAUGGUGUCUCCGUAGGGAAGAGGGAGCCUCGCGAGGAAGGAUGCAUCGGGGAGCUGGCCACAGGCCUUUUGAGGAUGAGGAAGAGGGGCAGAAGCCCAGCCCUCCGGCUUCCGGAGAGGAGCGGGGGAGGCCCCUCUGUCUGGUGCUGCAGCCGCUGCCUUCGUUGGGCUCGGCUGCCUGCCUCUGGAGGUUCUGGCCCGGGAGAGGACUUGGAGGAGGACUCGAGCAUACAUAGCCAGCAUUGGCCAGUUGUCAUUCAAUAUUCUUAGAGCAAACUUGCAUAAGUAGGGAAAGAAUUGCACUCUUGCUAACGGGACAAGCUGCUUCGGCUGGAAGCAGAAGAGGAGAGAAGCCCCAUUCAGUAUUCUUUUUUUCUGCACAGUGGUGGCCACAGUAUGUUUCCGCCCUGCCCCCUUAAAAAAAAACCCUUUCUGCCAAUAUUUGCUCUUCUCCCACUGGUGGGGAAUCCCAGCAAGAAUUGUCCUUGCAGUGGGAAGAGAUUUGGGGGUGGGAGGGCGACAGGGAAGUCCACCACCCAUUUCUGAGCUUUUUUUGAGCUCGCCUUAGUUUGGAUGGGCUGUUCCACAUGUUUUAGACUUUUGGUCUGGGGUGGGGAAUCUUGCCCCCGGUUCCUAAUCUCCACCUACCCACACCCGGCCACUCAGAUGCUUGCCACAAUUCAACCGGUUCUCCUGUACCCACAGCAGUUGGCUUUGAUGAAACCCGAGAAGGACUUUUGUGCGCUAGCUUUUGUGGGUUCCACGCGACUGUGUGUGUCCUUGCAGUUGGGUAGCUGGAGCUCAGGCUGAACAGCACCCCGGGUGAAGCAGCAACCCCCCUUUCCCCACCACCCCAAUAUUUUAAAAAAUGGGACCAACUUCUGUUCUCCAGGUGGUUUGGGAGAAUGUGUUUAUGCAUAGCAGUGAGGCACAAGCUGGUCUUGAGCCUGUCUUGUCCAGUGUUCUGCAGGAUGGUGGAAGAGGCUGGGCUCACAUUGCUGAGUCUUCUUUGAAGGCAACCCAGUCAGGGUUGGUGAAGGGUGUUGCCGUCUUUCUCCCCGCCCCCCUUGCACACUCGCAGGCACACCCACACACUUCCACUUGUUCCCGCAGGCCCCAGGGGGACGGUGCUUUCUGGCCAGGGUCCUGCGUGGCCUUGGCUUUUCCCAAUGGACGCAACUGCGGUUUACAGUGUAAAAUAAAGUUCGCUUGGGACUUGUUGUUGCCUC